AUGGCAUUUCGAAGCCAUCCAAUUGCUCAAACACCAGCUGCCCCUUCACCAGCCGCCUUCCAUCCUUUCCCAGCCCUCCCCUCGGAAAUCCGCUCCAAGAUAUGGGAGGCAUCUCUCAUCCCCCGUCUCAUAAAAUGUAAACGGGAGGGCUCGAAAAACAUCUUCAGCGGUCCUUCAAUGCCUGUCGCUCUCCUGAGCGUUUGUCGGGAAUCCCGCGAGAACGCCUUCCUGUAUGGAGAAUACAUCCUGGUCCCCUCCUCUCCUGGGCCAGCUUUGUAUUUCAGUCCAGCAAUAGAUUACCUUUGGAUAGAAGCCGGAUGGAAACCACUAGUCCCCACCGAACCGGUAUUUUUCAUCCAACUCUUUGAGGGCCAACCUUUAGAACGGAACCAUGAUUUCACGAAGAGCUUAACAAAGGAGAUUAUGGGCUUGAGAAAUGUGAUGACGGGUCCGAAUUGGAGUGAGGCGCGUUCUAUGCCGACUGUCACGUUUUCGGAUUUCCCCCAUUUGGAGAGAAUCCUGGUUGCGGCAGAUGAGUAUUCGGUCGGGAACCAGAGCAAAGUUUCAAGGGAUACGGUCUAUGAUUUGAAGAUGCAUUAUCAUGACUCUAAUAAGGAUAGAGAGGAUGGGCAGAAAGCGGCUGUUCCGGAAAUUGCGAUAGGAUGUCUAGGCUGGGUAGGCGAGGAAAAAUCUAAACUACAUCAUAUGUUUGAAGAUAAUCGUCAACUUUUGCAUAUCUUCACCACCGAUUCAGCGAUGCGGGAUCAUCAGCAAAGAGUCAGGGAGGAGGCAUUCAUGUUCACCCAGAAGAAAAGAAAUGUUUCGCAAGCGAGAGAUGGUCUUAUUGAGAAGUUGCAGAGGGCCCAGGAGUUGAGUGAGAAGAAUAAGAAGAUGGCAAGCAACACCUAUUCAGGCUCAAGCAAGGAAGUUGAUGAGGUAGAAGAGCUGCAGAAGAUGGUUUUGAAGAUAUCUCCAAGCCCAUCAAGAAUGGACCGAUCACCUGAAUAUGAGAUGAGAGAUUCGCAGAUGGAUAGGAAUGAAUUGCCACCAUACGCUGCUCCACGCUCGGGGGGUUGUUCUCUUUGA